GGUCCAGCAGUAAGGCUUUGGAAUGAAACUCCGUUCCGUGAGACUUGUCUUCGUCUUACGUAGUCUUUGAACGGGCCUAACGAAGUGGUUGUUAUUUGACUCCCUAUCAAAUAUUUGUCUUUAUUCUAUGUUUUUUAAACAUAUUAAAUACCAGUAAUCUGUCGCGAGUUGUGUUGUGAAUUGAAAUAAAUUGUAAAAGCGUAGUUUUUAAUAAUACAGUUAUUAUAUUGCGUUUGGCCCAAGGCCAAUGUUAUUGUUUACUGUUAAACGUUUUAAACGCCUGUCUCGUGUUCACAGCAUAGAUAAGGGAGGGUUCGCAGUUAAAGGCGAAGAAAAGUGAUGAUGGCUGAGGGUGUGUGUGUUGACGAGGACCCAGUGAAGCCUGAGCCGUUUGAAACGGUAUUCCUGCCCGUAAAGAUAGAGAUUGAGACUGAAGAUGGGGCUGAUGGAGGUGAUACAGCCGAGAGCAAGGUGAAGGUGAAGGAAGAGAUAGCCGUUGAAGACUUCCAGGCGAGUGAGCAGCUACAAGAUGCAGCCUCGCUCUCAGUGUGCGUGGAAAGCAAUAACUUGCUGUUCAUGAUGGAAGAAAGGUCUAAGGACGAGAAGGACUCUGAACCUGUUCAUUUGGGGGUGUGCGUGGAAAUCAAUAACUUGCCGUACACGAUGGAAGAAAGGUCUAAGGACGAGAAGGACUCUGAACCUGUUCAUUUGGGGGUGAGCGUGGAAAGCAGUGACUAUCCGUCCAUAAUGGAAGAAAGGACUAUGGAGGAAAAGGACCUGGAAGCUGUUCAUUUUCGGGAAAAAACUCAAGGACUGAAGCAAUUGUUGAAUCACAAUAUGUGCCCUAGUGAGUUAGAUAAUAAUACUGAUAAAACACAACAUUUUAGGAGAUCUUUCUCAUGUUCACAGUGUUCUGCUAAGUUCGAUGAAAGUAGAUUACUUAAGAUACACAGGAGAACACAUAUUGAUGAAAAGCCAUUCUCAUGUUUACAGUGUCCUGCCAAGUUUUUUGUUAAGUCUCAUUUAAUUGUACACCUCAGAACGCACACUGGUGAAAAGCCAUUCUCAUGUUCACAAUGUUCUACUUCGUUCACUCAAAAGAAUAAUUUGAUUGCACACCUCAGAACACACACAGGUGAGAAGCCAUUCUCAUGUUAUUUAUGUUUUGUUAAGUUCAGUGACAAGACUUCGCUUACGAGACACAUAAGAACACACACUGGUGAGAGGCCAUUCUCAUGUUCAUUUUGUUCUGCUGCAUUCACUCAAAAGAAUAAUUUGAAUGUACACCUCAGAAAACACACAGGGGAGAAGCCAUUCGCAUGCACAUAUUGUUCUUCUAAAUUUACGGAAAAGAGCCAUUUGAUUGUACACCUCAGAACACACACUGGUGAAAAACCAUUCCCAUGUUCCUUCUGUUUUGCAAAGUUCUAUACAAAGAGUUCACUUAUCAGACAUUUAAAAACACACAACAUUCAAUUAUUGAAAAAAAAUUCAGAUAGCUAAUAAUUCACAAAUAAUUUUUGAUGACUAAAUAAGUAAAUAUGGCUUAGAAGUGUGCUUACAUAGAGAAUAUUACAUACAUUUUAUAUGCACAAAACAUAACAGAAUGCUUUCUUAACAAAAAAAUUUUCAGUGACUUAUAUUUAUUCGUAAUGACAUUCACUACAUGUGUAUAUUUGGCUCUGAUACAUUAACUGAAAAGAGUUUAUUUAUUUAUUUUGCAUAUGAAAAAACAGGUGAGAAGCCAUUCUCUUAGUCAGAAUGUACUUUUAAGUUUCCUUUAUAGGGUAGUUUGUAUACAAUCUUCAAAAUGGACACUCGUGAGAAGCCAUUGUCAAGCUCAUUUUGUUCUGGUCAUUAUCGUGGAAGGAGUUGCUUGGUUAUCAUAUAAAAAGACUACACAUGGGUGAACGGCCAUCAUAUGGUUGAAUUUUUCAUGCUGGUUUAGUGAAGUUAUUCUAAAAAUAUAUAUAAGAACACAUGUGAGUGAAUUGCCCUUCUCAUGUUCACAUUUUUCUGAUUUUUUUUUUUUUAAAGUAUUAUUUUUUUACACCUCAGAACACACACUGGUAAAAACCAUUCUCAAGUAUAUUUUUGUGUGAAAUAAAGUCAAAUGAACUAUUUAAUGAUACAUUGAAUUCAUCUGUGAGAAGCUAUUUACAGGCUAUUUUAUUUUAUGUUUACUUAAAAGAAUUAAUGUAAGAUAAAAAAUUAUUUCUCUGUGCUAUUAAGUUUGUUUAUAUUAUACAUGUAAGAACACAAACUGUUGAGAAACCAAUAUGUUUGUUAGUCUUUGGAAGUUUCGUAGCACUUUUGAUGUCAUUUUACAAUUGGAAACAGCAAUUGGGGAGAAGGAUCUUAACUCAUAAGAGUUAAUGAUUUUAUGCUUCCUUUACUUAUGCUAGUUAUUUACUUGUAUCUGUAGUAAUCAUAUUUUUACCCAGAACUCUCCCCAGAGAGCAUACUGUCCACUUUGUUUCCAUUCUGCCGAGCUGAAUAAUUCAGCUUAUCAAUCAAUGUACAGCAUAACUUGACAGGAAGAAUAAAAAAAAUAUCUGUACAGGUUGAAUUGUAUCCAUAGUUUUUGUAAUUGGAAUUCCAAAACUCAUGUGAACGCGUUCAUUUUAAAACACAAAUAAUGCAGAGUCCUAAUUUUUUCUCAUUGCAAUGCUGCUUACAGCAUACGUGUAAAAUUUGGUUCCAACUUUUUUAUAUUAUCUUGAGUUGUUGACUUAAAAAAAAUACUUUGUGUUUUUCUUAAUGAUUCCUAACCUUAUUUUCGUCCAGUAUAUAUUUUAUUUGAGUAAUUUGUUAUCCAUUAGAUCUCAUAUAAUAUAUUUUUAAUCUUAUUUAAAUUUUACGACCCUCGUAUGCUCUGAAUUUCUAUGAGAACCAUUUUUAAUUAUUUGAAUUAUUAUUUUUUAAUUAUUUAAGUACUGGUGAGAUUAAUUUUCAGAUUGGAUCACAAUUAUUAUGUCUGUAAUUACUUGCAUUAAAGGAUAAAUGUAAGUCAGUUGAAAAGCUGAUUUGAUGAUAACUAUGAAAAUAUCAAAACAGGAUAUGUUUGAUUACGAGUGUCCAUCCAGGUAAAAAUAGUUUUCUAUUUUAACAUUUUAUGAAUUGUGCCAUUACAAUAAUUUCAAGAGUAAAAAAAAAAUUUUAAAUAGCUUUUUUGAACUAUAAUUUGGGAAGAUUAGUUACAAAUUUUCAUAACUACAUAUUCCAAGGGUUUUUUCCCCCCCUAUUUUGGAAGGGGAGUAUAUUUCCCUUAUCUCCUGGAUACACAUUUUUUAAGUACACUUGAUUUUUUUGAAUGAAUUGCCACACAAAUUUUUAAAACUUAGGUUAAUUGUGAAUGUAGUAAUAUUGUAAUCCUUAGUAGGUACUAGUGCAUUUGUAGUGAGGAAAGAAUAAAUAUACACCAAUCUCUCACUUAGCACGACUAAUGCAUUCCUAACAAUUUUCAUGUAAUUCAAUAUCACGUAUUCUGAAGCAUUAGUCUCCAUAAAUAGCAAUGUUAAUUUACUUAAUGUGUUCCAAAAUGUGUAGGGAAAUAGUCUUUACAUAAUAUAAAUGUUUAGAACAACACUCAAUGAUAAAUAUGUCACACCGUGUAACAUAGAAAUGUGGUUAUGUACUCAAUCGUCAGUCGGCUGGUUGGUUUGCCCGCCCGGGCGUGACCUUCAACUGACAUCGCAUACCUUUCCAAAAACUUUACAAACCAUCCUUUACUGGCAGUGAAACAAUAUUACUGAUUUUAAUUUUAGAAAAAAUAAAGUGCUUGUUCACUUAUCACCGCUUGGUUCAUAUCAAUCCUGUCUGGCCCGUGAUUUUUUUUUUUUUCAUUGAACCAUCCAUUUAACAACCUUUUCAAUGUGAAUCAUUUCUUCAUUUCUGUUCCGGCAUUCAGAUAUAUUCCGGCUAAUACAACCAACAGCAUUCGACUUAUAUAAACGUUUGUUAGUCCUUAUUUUGUACGAUUGUGCGCACAGUUGACUUGUUUAAAACUAAAGUGCAACCAACAUAAGAGUGGCCUUCAUGAUUCUGCACGCCGUAAUACUUCUAGUUUUGUCUCAAAUACGUGAACACUAUGCAUUACGCUCUCACUUGGAGCUAUGAUUCCACUAUGAUUCCAACUGCAGGUGCUUACGCAGUUACUGGCAGAUGAAUGGGCAGAUGUUGCUUUGUGUUUUUGCGUGUGAGUUCCCUGCCACUGGCUAGACUGAAAUUCAUCAUGGCCCGGUCUGUGGCUGAACAACAAUGCAUAAGCACGAAUGUAUCAAAAUCUUCAAAAGACACCAACAGGUGGGAUUAUUGGUAGUGUCAGAUUUUUACUGACUAAAAACAGUCCUCUCUUUCUGCCCUUCUUUUAGGAAGGGGGCCAGACUGGAAACCGCUUUCGCAUUACUUCAGCCUGGCCUAGGUUACGCGACUAGGCGCUCUUCUUGGUCAGUUCUCAAGCUUCUUUGCUCUCAGUACUGCUUUGGCGUAGCUCAUUAUUGUCUCCCAGUUCCGCGGAGAGCUGCUCAUAAGGGGGAUUAUGUUUCCUGGGCUCAAUUUGGCUCCGAUUGAUUCUUCGGCCGCUGUUCUUUCUGUCUCCCAUCUGCCACAGUGGAAGAAGGUGUGGCAGGCAUCAUUGGUGUUUGCUGGGCAGUAUUUACACGCAGGGCUGACUGCUAGCCCCAUGCGGUACAAAUACGCCUCGAACAGUCCGUGCCCUGUGAGUAGUUGCGUUAGGUAGAAGUUAGUUUCCGCGUGUUUGCAGUCAGACCAUGUUUCGAGUGCUGGGAUAAGUUUAGCUGUCCAUUUCCCUGUGUCUGCAUUUUCCCAUCUAGUUUGCCAUUCUCUUAGGGUCUGCUUCCUUUCGAGUUCACGGGAGUAGUCGUCAAGGGUGCCCUUUGUGCGUUCGUUUGCCAUGAGGUCUAUCGGUAUGGUUUUGGUUAUGACGAGUGUCGCCGCUUCGGAUACUGUGCGGUAUGCACAGGCUACUCGGAGGGAGGCUCGUCUUUGGAUUGCGGCGAGCUUCCGUCUGUAUUUUUCUUGGGCAAGCUGGCUUGCCCAUAUUUCAGCACCGUACAUUAGGAUUGAGUGUACCGCACUGAGCAGCAGUCGCCGCUUGGCGUAUCGAGGCCCAGACGUGUUCAGCAUGAUCUUUGACAGGCUCGUUACUACCUUGUUGGCCUUUGUGACUGUGUUGUUGAAGUGCUCGCAGAAAGUGAGCCUCUCGUCUAUAUGGAGGCCCAGGUAUCUUAUCGAGUGCUUCGCUUCUAUGUUUACUUAAUUGAUGUUCACCGAAAACGGUUUCUCGUACCAGCGUUGCCUAGUGAGGACAGCCAUCUAAGUUUUAUUAGGGGCUAGUUUGAGCUUAUGGCGUUUCAGCGAGUCGUUCAAUCUCACCAUUAGGUGGUCAAUUUUUUGCCGCACGUCCUCAGGGCUGCUUGCAAGAAUGAUUCCAGCAACGUCGUCGGCGUAGCCUGUUAGGUGGGUGUCCCGUGCCAUGUCCAUCCUCAAAAGGUCAUCAUAUUGUAUAUUCCAGAAGUCCGGGCCAAGGACGGAGCCUUGAGGCGCGCCGGCCGUGACUGCAGUAGUACGUGGGCCUUCCGUUGUGGCGUAUUCGAGUUCUCGUUCUCGGAAGUAAUCGUCGGCCAUGUCUAGAAUAUACUUGUCAACUUUAAAGUCGACCUCCAGGACGUCGAGUAUGUCCUCCCAGCCUACAGAGUUAAAAGCAUUCCGGAUGUCGAAGGUGAUGAAGAUGCACACUUUGCGGGACCUGUGAUUUCCCGUCCAGGCGUGCUUGACGAUGGCCAGUGCCUGUGCUUUCGCCGAGAUUGUUGAGUGCUGCUUUCUGAACCCGUGUUGGUUAGCUGAGAGUCCGCCAGCUCUCUCUACUGCAGCUGUGAGAUGUGCGUUCACAAGUUUUUCCAGGAGCUUGCUGGCCACGUCAAGCAUGCACAGGGGUCUGUACGAUGACGAUGACGAUGACGAUGUUAUCGGUGGGCCUUUGCCUUUGUCGAGCAGUACAAGGCGUUGCCGUUUCCAUCGUUCCACUUGUAAGGCAGGCAUUGUACAUCGUGAGAAGCGUUUCAGGGGCCUCUUGGGCGAUUGUUUUGAUGAUGUUCGUUGGGAUGCCGUCUGGUCCUGGAGCCCUCCUUGGCUUGAGCGUGCUUGCUGCAUCUCAUAGCUCCGUUGUGAAAGAAGGGGCUGGUGCGGGGGUCCUGUUUUCUCUAGGUAUUCUUUGUGGGUGUUGAGGGAAAAGAUCCUCUAUAAUCUUUUCCAUCACGGGUGGCUCCAUUGGGGAAACAGGUCCUUGUUUACCGAGUGCCUUAACUGUUAUUUGGUAAGCUUUACCCCAGGGGUCUUUGUCUAACUCGGCAUAGAGGUUUCUCCAUCCUUGCCUCUUGCUGUUUUUGAUUGCUCUUUUAAGGGCUUUCUUGGCGUUGUCGAGUUCUGACACCAGGGGGCCGGGUUGUUGGUAGUGGUGCCUUCUGUUGGCUCUGACUACUUUCUGAUGCAAUGCCAGGCACUUUGUCCUGAGUUCGCUAAUCUCGGCGUUCCACCAGUAGUUGUCUCUUGCCUCUGUUGGUCUUGGUGGGCAUGGAUGCGUCGCAGGCUGCUGCGAUAAGCCCCAUGGUUUGUUCGACCAGGGUCUCGGUUUCUGCUCUUGUAGGUUCAGCUGUGUCUUCCAGGGCCAGCCGUCUAUCUUGGAUAAAUUUGAUGAGUCUUGUCUCGUCCAGUUUCCUAUCAUUCCAUACUUUCUGCAGGUGUAUAUUGCUGCUGUUAUUAGGCUUUGUGUUAGUAAUAGUGAACUGGAUGGAUUGAUGAUCGCUGGCAUUGUAGACCUCUAAGACACUCCAGUUCUGUGUAAUGGCAGCUAUGUUUGGCGUUGCAAAUGUAACAUCGAUGAUGGUCUCCCGGUAGCCAGGCCUCCUGUAUGUCGUUGUAUUGCCCUCUUUAAUAAUUACCAGGUCUAGACGGGCGACUAUCUCAGAAACCUCGUUCCCCCUGGUGUCGGUGAAGUCCAUACCCCAUUCUGAUUUGGCGUUCAAGUCUCCUGCUAUGAUGAUCUGUCCAUUUGCUUGGCGCGCAGAUUCUUCCAGCUCAUUAAGCUUACGCCUAAAGGUAGUUAUGCCUUCGUUCGGUGAGAGGUAGCAGCUGUAGACAGUGUAGUCCCUGAGUUUGGCCCAGACGAAGCCGUCGCCAUUCCCAGUGUCGAGGACUUGUAAGUCGGGUUUACUAUCCAGAUGCCAGAGUUGUCGGGGAUCCAGCGAGGAGUCGUUAAGUUGGAGUGUUCCGAAAGUAUGCAUAGAUCAAUUCCGGUCUCGAAGAUGUGUUGGUGCAGCAGGGCUUGUGCAGUCCAGCCUCGCCCUAGGUUACUUUGAAGUACAACUGUCACUUUGGGUUGGGUGGGCCUCCCUUGAGCGCACUCCGAUAUGUUUCGCAACGCCCAGUACCAUGUAUAUGAUCCAAACUUGUGUUUCUUUCGUCGGUGGUACAUAGAACACACUGUGGUGCUCCCUUGCAUGAGGCAGCCUUGUGGUCUGGUUUACCACACUUGAUGCACAGGUUACUGCGGUCGGAACCAUUGCACCUGCUUGACACAUGUCCUUACCCCAGGCACCUGUAACACCUUGAUAUGGUUUCACAUUGACACUGCAGUUAAUCCAACCGAUUUUCAUACGGCUAGAAGUCAGGAUUGUUUGUGCACUUUUGCUGUCGAGGUUUGUGCACUUUUGCUGUCGAGUUUGACAAAGGCAAUGCGCUGACAGCGAGUAGUGGUUUAUGGCAGUCCGAUCCUCUUCACUCCUGUGGCUCCAUCCAAGUCCUGAUUUAGUGCAUCCUGUAUAUCUGCUUCGGUGGAGGCAGCAUCGAUAUCACGGAUUUCAAUUGUGACUGUAGGCCUGAGGUCUUUAACAGCUCCAUCUGCGCCCACUGCUACCUUGAGGGCUUUGGUGAAGGACUCGCUGUGACCUGUUUUGUGAUCAAGAACUAGCAGUAUGUCACCGUCUUUGGUUUCCCGAAUCACUCUUACUCCCAUGUUGUGUUUGUCGGGGUCGACCUUUGCCUUGAUACCCUUCAGCAGAUCGGCAUAGGUUUUACCCUCUGCAGGUUUGAUGAGGAUGGCAUCUAGUCGACUAGUGAGAGUCUUUUUCGUUUCUGUCUUGUGAUGCUGUGGAGUUGAGUUGUUGGCUCCAAGAGCAUCAGGCUGGCUGGCUAGAGCAUCUUUGUUCUUUUCAGGCCGCUGUCGUAUUUUCCUUGUCCUUUCCACUCUGAAAUCACCGUCCUUGUCCUUCGUGUCAUCUUCCUCAGGGCUCAGAGGAGUUCCAGAUGGCUGGCGAUUCUCGGUUUGUCCUGGCGGUAGUCUUUGUUGGCGAGACCUCGCCUGCGCAAGGAGAUCAUCACACCACUCAAUCUCACGUUCCAGUGUUUCUCGUUCUGUCGUUUCAGUCAGGGUGAGUUUGCGCUGGGCAUCCUUCCAAAUUUUACGUAGAUAGAGCAACUCAGUAAGAAGUGCUAGAGCUUCUCUGAUGCUGACCGUCACUUCGUGUGGCACAGUACGCUUGAUUUUGAUUGGGCUGAUGGUCUCUGUAAGUAGCAGCUGAAGCUUGCUUAGAGUUCCGUCCUCGUUGCAGAUGGCAGCAUCUCGGGAGUCUGUGUGCUGUGUCAGCAGCUCGUUCAGAGGUGUUCCAGUAGUGAAUGAAAUUCCAAUUGAUGCACUUGUUGAAGCAUCUAUUGGCACUGGUUGUUCCCUGUGGAACUCAUUGUUUUGGGUGUUUAGAUUAUUAGAAGCCAUAAUUGAAGAUGAUACUCCAAAGUAUUAGGUCGUCUCCGAAUGCGGUGCCUCGGGAAGUGGAGGGAUGAUUACUCCUACAACUACCCCCAUUGUUGUAGGAGCUUUUGGUCAUUGAGGCGGGAAUAGUCAUCCGUUCCGGCUGUGCACACUCUUUCUUCAUAGGCUUCCUAAUGCUUCCAAGGGAGCGGCACAUCGUAGACGCCAUGAGCCACCACGUACACUGCGCUGAGCAGAUCAUUUCGCACAUCCCUUUCGGGCAGCAUCACUUCACUCGCUUGCAUACGUGACCCUGUGGUUUUUUGUGGCGGUUGACCUUCCUCCUGACACCACUUUUUUGUCCGCGGGGGCUAUUUUAUUUUACCCCUAUCCGCCAGUCUUGCAGCUGGUUAGGACAUUCCCCUAUCCGCAACCCAGGGACGCACUCGGUAGGAGUUGGGUUUCACCCCCGAGCCUUUACACGAAAUAGCCACAACUGAGCUUGCCAUAGCUAAUGUUUGUACAACAGCCGAUAGUGUAGUCAGACCUGCGCGCGCAUCUCUUCCCCUUUCGUGUAGCUAACUAUGCUACAGUACAUCUGUUUACAGAAGUUGAAGCGGACUUCGUGGCAUCGUGCCGAACUUUUUUUUUUGCAUGUGGCGAUUUCAUAGUAACUGAAAUUUAUAGAUGUGCUAUUCAAGACUGGGGCAGUAAAAUUAACAUUGCGCUAAAUUAAUUCGCGCAAUCUGAAGACGUGCUAAAUGAAGGAUUGGUGUUUUGCCAUUUAAAAAAACCUUCAUGGAUUGAAACAAGUUGACAGUAUUAGUGUCUUAAAGUGUAGCUGUUUUAAGAUAAAUAAAAUAUUUUGCACUGUAUGAAUAUGAUUUGGAGUAGCUUUCUAUACAGAUAUUGCUUUUAUGUUCAACUUCUGAAUGUUCUUUCGAAAAUAAAGUUAAAUAGACAACGAAUGUCUUUGUAAGUACAGUAGAAUCCCGCCGAUGCGACCCCCCUCUGAUGCGUCCAUUCCGUUAUACUGUAAGCAGGCAGACAAAAGACGGCUAAAAAUAGAUACCACCCCUCUAGACUGUCCACGCUAGCCAAUACGGUAAACUGCACGCAUCACCUGAUAGCAUCUACGUGCGCGUCUAUUGCCGUCCCGGUCCCGGUCCCGGUCCCGUUUGACGAUUGUGACUCGUUUUUCAAUUUACGUGGAUUCGUGAAAAUGGGUAUAAAGCGAGCCAGUUUGUCGCUAAUGAAAAAUUAUGAGAUUAUCCAGCAAGUGGAUAAGAAGACAAUUUCCAAGACGAAGAUAGCACAGAAAUAUGGCAUUCCGAAGUCUACUCUCUUCACGAUUCUUAAAAAGAGAGAAGAAAUUAUAAAUGCAGUACAGAAGGAAGGCAGCAAUUUGAAAAUGAAAAAUUUGAGGGGCGCGACGUAUUAGGUGCUUCAAGUGUGCGUGAGAGAUAAGAAAAAGAAGGUGAAGAGGGUGAGACCUGCCAGCCAAUAUAUUUGUGGGAGGGGGAGACAGAGAUAAAAGAGAGCGAGCCCUGCAGUAAGCGGAAGUGGUCAAGGUCGACAUUUACCGUCACACUCUCGCUAGCUAACGAUGCUGCUGGUCGCCAGCCUCACACACACACACACGCACAUACGCACGCGCGCGCCGCCAGACGGUGGCGACUGGCGAGUAGAUGCGUGCGCAGCCAGCAGUUCCGCUCUCCUUCCCCUCAAUUACCCGUCCACACGUGUUUUUUUUUCUUCUUUUUUUUUUUACGCUGUGAAGGGACGUGGAAAAGAUAAUUGCUUGAGCUGUCAAAAUAAACAUCGCUGACGGCAAGGACGGGAGCGCAUCCUGUCGGUCUGUCGCUGUGAUUAUCUACUCCAAAAACAUGUCACAGCAUUUCAGAAUAGCAUUGUUCUUAUAUCUUUCGUUUAUAGCCGAAUGUUUUCUACCUGAUCCACACAAGUUCCUUCGCCACGUUUUUUGAAUGGAAAUAACAACCAGCCGGCUAGCAUAGCCGAACUCGCGUGACGCAAAUUCACUUUAUAAUUGGGUGGGGGGGGGGGGGGGGGGGGGUAAAAUUGGCCCGAAUUCUCUAUUGCGACCAUUCCGUUUAUAAGUCCGUUUUUCCGGAAACCGUGAGGGGUCGCAUCAUCUACUGUACGUACACUGCAUGUUCAUUAGAUGCCAAGUGUUUGUAAGAACAUAAUUUCAUUUGGGAAUUGGCCGAAUUGAAGAGUUGAAUUUACUUUCAAAUAAUAUACAAAAAAAAAUGCUUUAUUUGGGUGUCUAUAUUAUUAUUGGAAAUAUUCUCAGCCAUAUUAUAUGUUGAGAAAUUUAACAGUGUUCAGUUACUGGCUGUAGGUUACUUAUCUGGAACACUUAUAGAAAUCUUUCACUGUCCCUUAAAAGUGUUUUCAAAUAUAUCCAAAUUGUGUAAGAAGCUGUUUUUACACAUUUUUUGGUGUUUUUGUGCAUAUUUCCAUGGUUUUCACUCAGUUACUAUAGCAUAUAGAAAACUGGUGGCAGCCUUCUAGUCCCAUGUACCACCAGCUUAUUUCAAAGACCACUUAGCUCUAUAGUUUUACUGGGAAAACACUGUUAUGUGAUUCGUGAUCCGUCAUGUUAGCUCUUAAUUGUAUUGUGAAUAAAGUUCUGUAAUGUGUAAUUUGUAUAUGUAUUGGAAAUUAUGUAGUACCUAUAUAUUUAUUUUUUUUUUGCAUACAGUAGUAUAUACAGUAAACUCCCGGUAUAUCGCGCCCCGAUUGAUCGCGGAAUCGGGUAUAUCGCGGGUCAAACCAUGUCCCCCAGUCAGAAAUGAAUAAUAAUAAUGGAAUAAAUGGUUGACAGCCGAUUAGGAUAAUUUUGCGUUGUAACUAACAAACUAAGCAUCGGGCAGAAAAAAGCCUAGGCGUAGAAAAUGUCCGCAGUAAAAUUCUAAACAAGAUAUCUCCGUACAUUAUUCCUCUAUCUUGUAGGGUUUUCAAAUUAUGGUCCAAUCCAGCCCAGUGAUAUUUUCUGAAACACUAGUUCUUAACGUCGCUUUAUCUCACAAAUGAAGCAUCGGACAGGGGACCUGAUAAAGCCCACCGUCCAGCGACAUUAUCCAGCGUGACUCGGCUGGGGAUUGAUGUUGGAUAGGCUUGGUUGUCGGCAAGCGCUGGGUAGGGAGAGGCUAGCCGAGAACAUGGAGAGAGGUAGACAUUAGAGCGGGCAGAAACACGAGGGGGAGUGGGGGAGGGAAUGUGUUCACGCAGCACACAGGCAGAGCAUGAGUCACUUGACUGAGCAGCGUCGCUGCGUACAAGGCAAAAUCAGGUAGUCCGGUGUUUAAAAUUCCACUCCAGAAUCUUAAUUGGUACUUUACUGGACAUCUGUAUAUAAAUGUUUUGUUACAACUUAAACCUACAGACGUAAUAUUAUUGGGUAAUUCAUUGUAUUAUACAAGUUCAUCUUUUUACUUUGGUAUAAUGUUUUAACAUUAAAUAGUAAAGUAAAUCGGCUAGCGUAUUUUUUAUCUUUGCCCAGGAAUUCCCAGUGGUCCAAUAUUUACGUGAACCAUACUGUACCACUUUUGCCGUGAGGUAGUAAACAAGUCCCGGAAAUGUUUAUGUGUAGCGGUCUCCCGACCUUUAAACAGAGGCUGGGGAAUAUAACAUUUGCCGAUCCGAGCCACACACACUCAGCAACUCGACACAGCGUUUGGUGAAAUAAGUAAAGACAAAGUUUAACACGGUUUUUAAUACGGCGUCACUGAUUGUGCUAAAAUUAAAUUAGCGCAAUUUUUGUUUCCCACAUGUGACCAUUUAUAAUUUACUGUAAGCAUGGAUAAUAAAGUUUAACCACUUGACACGAUAGACGAUUCUUUAUUUUUUAUUAUACGAAUGCUAGAAUCGUUUUUUUCCUGUAUCUGCGGCCUGCUUCUACAAAAGACAAGCUAUCUGUAAGUAAAUCUAGAAUUUUUAUUUUGUCAAUCAAACUCGGUACUUUGCGAUUCAUAUUCGGUUUGAAGUAUCACUACGGCCUUUCUUUUUAGAAGACUUUGACCACAGAAUCGUGUGUAACCGCACACACUGCACUUACUUUGUUACGGACACUGACGAAGCAGAUACUGUGGCUAACACCACGAGACUGGCAGCAGCAGCUUGUGUGCCGCACGUGUGUAUGGCGGCGUGUGGCGCGCUCGUAGGCCGUGCGACAAACCGUGCGUGGCACGCGGAAAAAUAAAAACAAUUCAACAUUUAAUAUUUAUCUUUAAAAUUUAUUAUUUUUAUUUUUUCACCCGUGUUUAGUGGAAACUGCGGAUGCAAAGUCCGCACAAAGGCGGGCCGUCUAUACUGUGCGUGCUUGCCGACCUAUUAGAACACAGGCGGUGUUUUAUGCCUUUUGACCUUGGUCACAUCGAAACAUCGCGGUUAUGCAACAACGCGGGUAAAAGUUAUGUCCCCCGACAACCGCGUUAAAUAGGGAGUGUACUGUAUGUGAGACAAGACUGUUUGUCCUAAAUGAAUGAACUUGUGAGAUUGUAAUAUGGCAUGACUACAUUAAGAAAUUUUGUUAGUAAUUUUUUAUUAUUAUGUUGUGUCAUACUGAGUAUGCUCGUAGUAUUGUGAAAUUCAAAUUCAGAAUUGAAAAGAGUGUACAGUUAUUUUACAACUAAUAUUGUUUUGUUUCUCAGGAUUUGCCAAAUUCGUACCUGUUUUGAAUUUUUUUUUUUUUACAUUUGAGGUUUUUUGACGUGAUAACGUCUUUUAAAUCGAUGAACGCCAGCUGCACACACGAAAAAUUGUCAUGUUCCACCUGAGCCGAGCGUGCAAGAACCGGCCAACCACCGUGCGAGAAAAUCUUCUAUAAUAUCAAACAGGUUAAGGCGGGCUUUUUAAGUUGUUCUUGAUUAUAUUUAAACAAAUUAUUUAAAUUAAAUUUGCAAAAACUGUAUAAAAUAUUUUUAAAUUAAAAAGUAUGCGAUUUU